CGCAAUCAUUUCUCAUUCCUAUGUAAUAACCAGUCGCUCUCUGUAACAGAAGGUGAUUCCUGGGUAGAUGAGUUUGAGAAUGCCAUCUAGAGAGUCCUAUGAGGUUUGCCAGGAAGAGAAGCCUCUGGUGCAAAAGGCCAAGCGUGAGGCCAAUCAGGAGGAUAUUCUGGCCGCAGCCCUGGGGAUGAGGAUGGGGCCACAAAAACCUUCAGCCACUUUUUGGCAGCCACUUAAACUGUUCGCCUAUUCGCAGCUCACCUCACUGGUUCGCAGAGCUUCACUGAAGGAGAGCGACUGGCCCUCCAGAUCUGAGAAAGCCCACAACUUUAAGGUCCAUACCUUUCGGGGACCUCACUGGUGCGAGCACUGUGCCAGCUUCAUGUGGGGACUGAUGGCUCAGGGGGUCAAAUGUACAGAUUGUGGUUUGAACACCCACAAGCAGUGCUCAUCUCUGGUACCAAACAACUGCAAACCCGACCUGAGACACAUCCGGAAAGUUUACAGCUGUGACCUCAGCACGCUAGUUAAAGCUUGCAAUACAGCCCGACCCAUGGUGGUGGACAUGUGCAUAAGAGAGAUCGAGUCCAGAGGACUGAAGUCAGAAGGCCUCUACAGAAUAUCUGGAUUCAGCGAAUCAGUGGAAGAGGUCAAGUCCAGGUUUGACAAAGAUGGCGAGAAGACAGACAUCUCAGUGAAUGCCUAUGAAGACAUCAAUAUCAUCACGGGUGCAUUGAAACUGUACCUCAGGGAUUUGCCUGUUCCUGUCAUCUCAUUCGACGCUUACCCCAGGUUCAUCGAGGCUGCAAAGCUCACAGACGCAGAGAAGAAGCUGGAAGCUUUCCGCGAGGCUCUUGCUCUCCUACCACCACCACACGCUGAAACUCUAAAGUACCUCAUGGCUCACUUAAAAAGGGUGACACAAAAUGAGAAAUUCAACUUGAUGAACGCAGAAAACCUUGCCAUCAUUUUCGGGCCCACCCUCAUGCGUGCACCCAACACGGACGCCAUAACAGCGCUGAAUGACAUCCGCUAUCAGAGACAGGUGGUGGAGGUGCUCAUUAAAAAAGAGGAUGUACUCUUCUAAACAAAAAGUAGGACUUUUAUAGAACAGCCCUCUAAUCAUUUUUUGUGUAAAGACUUGAAUGACUUUUUUAUUACACUGAUUGAUGCUUUUUUUUUUAAUGCCUUGUGUAUGGACUAGUGCUAACCUAACAUCUGUCCUCCCCUGUACUGGGUGUGGAUGAUGAACCUUACACUUGUACGUACCUUUUGUCUCCCCAUUUUUGUCGGGGUUUUUUUGAAAAGCUGACAGACCAGCAUGCAUGGUGCAAGGUCUUUGUUUGCUUUGUAGUCGUAACCCAGCAUGUGUUAAGAUGUGUAGCGCUGUGAUUUCUGCUUUUGUCUGUAACACAGUAGAUUUUGUCCACAUUCCCAGCUGCUUGCUGUGCAGCUAUUUCUGUGAAACUUUAUAUAGUUGGAUGUAAAAAAAAAAAAAAUAAUAAGCUACUAAUUUUACUGGGGUAAUUUUUAUGAUGCUGUAUUUUUUUAUCUCCUCGAAUGUUUCUACGUCACCUGCAGUUCUUUGAAUAAGUCUUUUUUCUUAAUGUGUACACACUGCUGGAUUUUCCUGACCUUAACAUUUUUGUUGUGUUAGAAGCAGCAUUAUUUGUGAAUUUGAUUCUUUUUUUUUCUUCUUUUUUUUACUGUAAUGUUUUUUGUACAAAACUUGUGCAUGGUCACUUUAAUUUAUUAAACCUUACUCUGAUAAAUUAAGUGCUUAAUAAGUCAUCUGAAUUGAGAUAAUAAAAAAUCAAAAUCAAUAAAUAUCUGGUUAAAAAUGCAA